CAGGCCCUACCCCCGGGACACCCCGACGCUCACGUAGUUCAGUGGCAGCAGUCAACCCUGUCACUUCUCUUCAGGCUCUCCCAUGAGGCCAGCGAGCAGCGACCCCGGCUGCAGCGCCGCGGGAGAGACUUCUAGCCUGCCCCUCUAACGUGAUGGCCGUGGACAUAGAAUACAGCUACAGCAGUAUGGCCCCUUCUCUACGCAGAGAGCGCUUCACCUUCAAGAUCUCCCCCAAACUGAACAAGCCACUGAGGCCUUGUAUUCAGCUGGGCAGCAAGGAUGAAGCCGGCAGAAUGGUGGCCCCCACAGUGCAGGAGAAGAAGGUGAAGAAGCGGGUGUCCUUCGCCGACAACCAGGGGCUGGCCCUAACAAUGGUGAAAGUGUUCUCGGAAUUCGAUGACCCACUAGAUAUUCCGUUUAACAUCACCGAGCUCCUAGACAACAUCGUGAGUCUGACGACAGCAGAGAGUGAGAGCUUUGUUUUGGAUUUUCCGCAGCCUUCUGCGGAUUACUUAGACUUUAGAAAUCGACUUCAGACCAACCAUGUCUGCCUCGAAAACUGCGUGCUGAAGGAGAAAGCCAUCGCGGGCACCGUCAAGGUCCAGAACCUGGCAUUCGAGAAGGUCGUGAAGAUCAGGAUGACAUUCGAUACCUGGAAAAGCUUCACAGACUUCCCUUGUCAGUAUGUGAAGGACACUUACGCUGGUUCAGACAGGGACACGUUCUCCUUUGAUAUCAGCCUACCGGAGAAAAUCCAGUCUUAUGAAAGAAUGGAGUUCGCCGUGUGCUACGAGUGUAACGGCCAGUCGUACUGGGACAGCAACAAAGGCAAAAACUACAGGAUCACCAGGGCCGAACUCAGAUCCACCCAGGGAAUGAUUGAGCCGUACAAUGGGCCGGAUUUUGGGAUCUCUUUUGACCAGUUUGGGAGCCCUCGGUGCUCCUUCGGCCUGUUUCCAGAGUGGCCUAGUUAUCUGGGGUAUGAAAAGCUGGGGCCCUAUUACUAGUGAGUUGACUGCAGUUGACAGUCUGUGUCUCUGAUCAAGAUGGAGGCGAGAACGCGAGGCCAGAGGGAAGUUGAUCUGCCUUUAGGCGUGGUUUUUGAAAAGACAGGAUCCUGUUCACCUUUUUCUCAAACCGGCAAGUCCAGUGUGCUUCCAUCACGCCUGGUUUCUUGCUCAGAGGAGAGGAGGCGUGCUGAACCUCUGUGGUAUCCGGGUUGGCCACAAGGGAAUGCCAGGAUGGUGCCAGAAGGGCCUGGCGAGGAGCCAAGCUGGCAAGGACAGACAGCUGGCCUCCCUUCCACACUUGGUCUUCGAAAGUCACCCAGAAACCAGCCUUUUCCAGCCUUACAGUUGACCUCGAGGUCCUGCCCUGCCCAUGGCUUUCCAAGUGUCUCCUUCAUUCCACACGGACUCGGAGGGAGUCGCCCUAGUUCUGUGACACGCUGGCCUGAUACCCCACAGCCUCAGAAGAGGGAUGGGGGACAGCCGUUUUCUGUGCAAGCUCUUUCACUACAUUUCUUCCCCUUACACAGCCUAUCCAGUGAGCUCGAUGAGAUAGUCAAAGCAAAUAAGUAGUUUGUGUCUGGGAUAGGCACUCCCUCCCCUCUCUUCCUGACCCCUCCUCUGUAUCCCAGCAGAGAGCAACAUAUUAAUUACUGGAACGUCAUUGGUUCCCGUGUGGGGUCACAGGGCACAGCACCGGGACGAGGUGGGACAGUCUGAACUUUUAGCUUUUCCUCUUGGACUUUGGGGGAGCUUUCGAAGCGCUCGGUUUCACCCCGAGUUUUCAGAAGACUCAGUGACAAGAUGUGUGAGCUGCUUUUGUUUGAGAGAGUCGUAGCUCUCACGUCUCCUGGAGUGUCCACUUCAGUGCCUUGUCUGAGACUUUCCAAUAGCAAGACUAGCAUAUCCUGGAAUCCUCCAGAGCACGCUUAAAUGUGUUUGCAGUAUACAGUCAUAUUCAGGAUGCUUUACGGACCCCCCAAGGACACUGAGUAGGUGUUUUUUUAUUUAUGGUGUGUAUUAUAAAAGGAUAGGGGAGAAAAACCUUACCAAGUUUUUCUAUGUUAUUUUAAAUGUCAACUCUGAGGUAUCAGAUGAAUUUUUCUUAACCAUAUUGGAUUGCAGUUAUCAUUCGCUAGUGCGAGACUCCUGGAACUCUGACUGUUGGGUAAACCUCCAAACCCUGUGAUUUUCUUUAGGGCAAAUUAAAAUUUUAUAGGGGAGUUUGGAAACUUUUUACACGCAUAUUUGUAGACAUUUAGGGGUGUUGUUUUGUUUUGGAAGUUUGGUAAAAGAUGUCUGCUUUUCUUACUGAAGUGAUGUUUCCCUGAGACAAGAGGGAGUUUCACGGAUUCAGAGGCAGGGUCGCUGGGCGUAGCCCUUUGCCCUCUGGCUUCAUAAGUCAGCAACAGGCAGACAUCAAAUGUUUUUGAUCCUAGCGUGUGUGGUUUAUUUUUUAUCUUAACUUUUUCACUUUUGAAGUGUAAAGCAUUUUGACUUUUUUAAAAUGUUAUUUUCUAUGAUAUCUUAUUCCUAAAACUGGUACUAGUCUGCAAUCUGUGAAUUGUAUAUUGUGCCUCUCUCAGAGGGGUAGCGAUCUGGGGUUGCAUGCUGAUAUCUGUGAGGAAAUCACCUUUGUAAGUGAAGCUGAAAUUGGGCGACGGGGAGUUUGUGUUUUAUCUAAGCAUACCUUUAUGGGCAUACUUUAAAUGUUCCGGAUUUGGCGGUCAGAGCAGCUAGAUUUAAAUUGGAUGGAAGCAAAACUGAUCUCUUCUGGGUCAUGUAUUUUGUGGUAAGAAGGAAGACAGCCGGGGCACUGUUACUGCAGACUAAAGAUCAUGAAAGGGCCUCCGGGGAACUACAGAAUGAAGUCUAUCGAGUGGUGUAGAAUGAUGAUCUUCAGACAUUCCCUGUCAAGAUAUGAAAUAUGGUAAUUCCAUGUUAUGUAUCUCUCCUAACACAGACAUACCCUCACCCCCUUUUGCCCAGAUUUGCCCCAGCUUUCUUGCUUAUGGGCGCUAGUUGAAAGCCCCCAGCCUGCACACCUGGGGUGCACACCCUCUGCUCAGCUCAAAGGGCAUGUCUUCGCCUGCUCGUCAGGACCCUUCCCGAUGAAGCAGCCUGUGUGCUUGACUUCCUUAUCAAGGCUGUCACGUAGAGACUGAAGAGUCUGUCUUCUGUUUUUUUGCCUGCAACACAGCCCUUCUCCUUUUGACCCAGUCUGUCCCAUGACUCUGAGAUAGCCUCCGGAGCUGCAUUGAGAAACUGUAUGCUGAGUUCAGAGUUCACCAUUGUAGACAAAUUUACACACCUCAGAAGAUGACAGGCCCUCUUGCUUGAAGAUUCCACUGCAGGCUUGACCUGGAGAUCUGCCUUCGUGCAAUUCUUGGUUAUGGUGAUGGAUGGAUUCUAAUCCCCACACACUGUAAUCCAAGAAGGGAAGGCAACUCCAUUCUCAGUUCCAUAUUUAUUUCCCCAAAUUCCCUGGGGUGCCUUUCUUUACAAAAUGGGUACAAUAAAUAAGCUAGACCACAAGACACAUUCUCCAUGUUUCUUUCAGGAAGCAUUUGAGUGUUGUAAGAAUUCUUCUUAGGAAACCUAGGAAGACAAUGGAAGUCUAUGGUUCUGCAGAAACUGAAGCAACUUGAGUCAAUGGUGGGAGUUAUUUUAUCCCUGAGAUGGUAGCUUGGUGGCUCCUUGUUCUGGUAAGGUCUGCACUCAACUGUGUCUCCUGGCAUAAUCACAGAAACUGCAGAUAAGAUGUUCUGGAAAUCCUGGGAUCUUACCUGUAACGGGAUCUUCCGGAGUCACUCAAAGACGAUGUGGCAGCAAGGAGGACAACAGGCAAGAGAGGACUGGUUUCUCUGGUUGAGGGCUGUGAGGUACCCACAGCUCCAUCAGCAAAGCUGUGUGUGUUUCCACGGUUUCGCUGCUAGUUCCCAGAGACCCCUGGGGCCCAAGGACUUCUAGAAUGCACACGUGAUGAUGUUACACUUCUGCUUUAAUGUGAACAUUCAACUGACCGGGCUUGACGUCACUGUAUGCCUAAAUGUGCCUUGUCCAGAAACUUCUGCAUGUUUGUAAGAACUAUUUUUGUAUACAUUGGUAGAGGGGAGAUGCACUUUAAAAAAAUCACAAGAAUGGAUGUGUGUGUGUGUGUGUGUGUGUGUGUGUGUGUGUGUCUGUGUGUGUGUGUGUGUGGUGGGAGAGAAUGGUUUCUUUGUAUCUCAAAAGCAAAAAUGUAAUAAAUACAGAAAAAAAAACUUUCUUCAAUUUUUUAGCAUUGGAA